UUAUGGCCUCUUUCAGUGGUGAAUUUACUACAAUUAAUCAAAACUGUGUUCCUCAAUUUCGUUUAGAAGGAUUUCCAGAAAACGAACAAGAAGGUGUUCCUUUUGCAAGAAGUUUGGACAAUGUGUUGCUCACUAGAAGUGAAGAUCGUCAGGUUGUGCAAAAACCAUUGAAUAUGGGAGGUGAACAUACUUGUUCAGUUAAUUUGCCUCGCCGUCCUUACCUGUUUGUACAACCACAAAGUGAUUCAAAUGCUUCACUUUUGUCUUCUUCAAUACCAGUAGAGAAUAGACGAGAUGUAAUUAAUCGAGAUCACAAUAUGGCUAUUCGUUAUCGUUUUUUUAAUCGCUUAGAUCCUGGCGGUCUUCAUCUUUUAAUGCCUAUUCAUGUCAUUCCGACUUCUAUUUUUUCUGUUUUACCAUUCAGCGAAUUUAAAGAUUCUAAUGGAAAACAAAGUAGUAUGGUGACCAUAUUUUCUAUAUGGAAUACAAUGGUUGGGACAAGUUUGUUAGCUGUUCCUUGGGCUCUUCAACAAGCCGGUCUUGUAUUGGGAAUUUUUCUUAUGUUACUAAUGGCUGGAAUUGCUUUUUACACUGCUUAUAGAAUUAUUGAAAGUCCCAAUUCUUUAACACUAGAAACUUCAACUCCUGACUUUUCUGAUGUUUGUCGUUUUUUAUGGGGAAAAUGGUUGGAAUAUUUUGCUGUUUUCUUUUCUGUUUUGGUUCUAGUUGGCGGUGUUAUUCUUUACUUUGUUUUAAUGUCAAAUUUUCUUUAUUUUACUGGAAAUGUUAUUUAUGAAUCACUUCAACAGAACAGUUCAAUAUUGCCAAUUGGAUUUAAUCAAACUUGUGAUGUUUAUUGCCCUAAGCAAAUUGAAAAUGCAUUUCCAAACGAUUUUCUUUCACUUUCACCAAGUAGUAUUUUUUCAAAAGUGUCUUUUGGAGAAAAUGAGAGCAAUUUUCAGAAGAUUUGGAGAUUACAGGGUGGUGUUCCUUUGAUAUUGGCAUUUUGUAUCUUCCCUUUACUCAAUUUCCGUUCUCCAGGCUUUUUUAUGCGUUUCAACGGUCUUGGAACAAUUUCUGUAGUUUAUUUAAUUUGUUUUACUUUGAUAAAAAGUGCUGAAUUUUUUAAUUGGAAAUUUCCUGCAUUAACUGGUACUUUGGCAUUAGCUUAUUUUAUUCAUAACGCUAUUUUAACAAUUUUGAGAAAUCAAAAACAUCCUGAAAAUAAUGCUCGUGAUUUAUUAAUUGGUUAUUUUCUUUCAGCUGGUUGUUAUAUAAUAAUCAGUUUAUUCUUCUUUACUACUUUUCCAACUUAUCGCAAUUGUAUUUCUGAUAAUUUUUUAAACAAUUUUGCAAGCGGAGAUAUGCUUAGUGCAAUUGCUAGAGUUUUUCUACUCUUUCAAAUGUUGACAGUUCUUCCUUUACUUAUGUAUUUAAUACGUGUACAGUUUAGUUAUGUCUUUGCUGGAACUGUUUAUCCAGGUCUUUUUUAUGUUCUUUUAAUUAAUGGUGGUAUUUUAACUAUUGCAUUAUUUUUUGCUGUUGUCUAUCCACAUGUUGGCCCAAUUAUUCGUUAUGUUGGUUCAAUUUGUGGAUUAGUUUAUAUGUUUAUUCUUCCUUGUGCCGUCCAUCUAAAACGUUUACAAAUACAAGGUCGCCUUAAUAAUGUGCAAAUUGCUAUACAUUGUUUAAUUAUGUUAUGUGGAGUUCUCAAUCUUUUUGCUCAAUUUUUUGUUUAA